AUGUCCAACGAUCAAAAUCCCGGUCUUCUCGGUGGCCUAGGUGACACAGUCGGAAAGACCGUCGGAGGCGUUACGAACACACUUGGCAGCACUGUGGGUGGACUCGGAUCAACUGUUGGCAACGCAACAUCUGGGCUUGGACAGACGGUCUCUGGCGCUACAGAGGGCGUAGGAAACACAGCGAAAAAUGCUGGACAGGGUGUUCAGAGCGGAUUUUCAAGCAUCGGAGGACAGAAGCAGACCGGAGACAACCCUUUGGGCUUGAACAACUGA